AUGCACGCGUCGUCGCUGCUCCUGCUUCGCCGUGGCAUCAAUGGCCGUGCCCCUCUAUCGCCGCAUCUGAUGCUCCCCAUUGGUGCCAAGGGUGUGCGGUGCAUCACAAAGCAAGCGGCAGAGGAAGCGCGUCGAGAGUCCAUGAAAAAGCGCAACCGCCGCGCCGUCAUGUACCUGGCUGGCACAGCCAUUGCUUGGGUCGGUAUUUCAUACGCCGCAGUGCCACUCUACAAGAUCUUUUGUCGGGUGACGGGCUUUGGAGGCACGACGCAACGGGUCGAGAAUUUCGUGGCCAACCAGCUCACCCCUCGCGAGGACUCGAAACCAAUCCGCGUCACGUUUGACGGCGGCGUGAGUGCCAACAUGCCGUGGGUCUUUCGUCCACAACAGCGUGACCUGCUGCUUGCCCCUGGGGAGACGGCACUGGCUUUCUACACGGCCAAGAACAAGGCCGACAAAGCCAUCACUGGCGUGGCUACGUACAACGUGCAUCCGCCUUCGGCUGGCGUAUACUUUAACAAGAUCCAGUGCUUUUGCUUUGAGGAGCAGCGACUGAAGCCGAACGAAGAGAUUGACAUGCCCGUGUUCUUCUUUAUUGACCCUGAGAUCUGCGACGACCCGUCGAUGAAUGGCGUGCACAAUAUCACGCUGUCUUACAUGUUCUUCAAGACGGACGACGUCAGUGAAGAAGACGUGGACAAUGAGGAGUAA